AUGUCUAUCGACUUCCCCAAGACGGAAGUCGAGACCAUCGAGAGAUGGAGGGAUAUCCAGGCUUUUGAGAGACAGGUUCAACUCUCCGAAGGCCGACCGCUCUACACUUUCUACGAUGGACCGCCUUUUGCGACCGGCCUUCCCCAUUACGGCCAUUUGCUUGCCUCGACUAUCAAGGACAUCAUCCCGCGGUACUGGUCCAUGAAGGGCUUCCACGUCGAGCGACGCUUUGGUUGGGAUACACACGGCCUCCCCAUCGAGCACGAGAUUGACAAAAAGUUCGGCAUCACUGGCAAGGCUGCCGUCAUGGAGAUGGGUCUCGACAAGUACAACGAGGAGUGCCGGUCCAUUGUCAUGCGCUUCCGAGAGGAGUGGAGGCACACCAUUGAGCGGCUGGGUCGAUGGAUUGACUUCGACAACGACUACAAGACCAUGGAUCCCACCUUCAUGGAGUCCGAGUGGUGGGUCUUCAAGCAGCUCUUCGACAAGGGACAAGUCUACAAGGGAUUCCGCGUCAUGCCUUACUCCACGGCCCUCACGACUGCCCUGAGCAACUUUGAGGCCAAUCAGAACUAUCAGGAUGUCAACGACCCUGCUGUCGUCGUCUCGUUCCCUCUCAAGAACGACCCCGAGACGCACCUCUUGGCUUGGACGACUACGCCUUGGACCCUGCCGUCGAACUUGGCUCUCGCUGCCCACCCUGACUUCGAAUACGUCAAGAUCCAUGACGAGAAAUCGGGCAAGAACUACAUCUUGUUGGAGAAGCUCUUGACAACGCUCUACAAGGAUCCCAAGAAGGCCAAAUUCAAGAUUGUCGAGAAGCUCAAGGGAACGGCUAUGGCCGGCUGGCAGUACGAACCCCUCUUCAACUACUUCUACGAGGAAUUCAAGGACACCGCUUUCCGUGUCGUGAACGCAGAGUAUGUGACAGCCGAUAGCGGUGUGGGCAUCGUCCACCAAGCACCAGCUUUCGGUGAGGACGAUUACAACGUGGCGCUCAAGGCUGGUUACAUCAACGAGAACGUACCGCCCCCGGACCCGGUUGAUGACGCUGGUAAAUUCACCGACAAGGUGUCUGAUUUUGCUGGCAUGCAUGUCAAGGAGGCCGACAAGCACAUUAUCAAGCACCUGAAGAACGCCGGAAGGCUGGUGGUGGAUUCGCAGUUGAAGCACUCGUACCCUAUGUGCUACCGCUCAGAUACCCCUUUGAUUUACCGCGCGGUUCCUUCUUGGUUUGUUCGCAUCACAAACAUUGUCCCCAAGAUGCUGGAGAACAUUGAGCAGCAGCACUGGGUUCCCAGCUUCGUCAAGGAGAAGCGCUUUGCCGCCUGGAUCGCCAACGCCCACGACUGGAACGUGAGCCGCAACCGAUACUGGGGUACUCCGAUCCCACUGUGGAUCAGCGACGACGGAGAAGAGCGUGUCUGUGUCGGCAGCAUCGAGGAACUGCGCGAGCUCAGUGGUUUCCAGGGUGACCUGAGCGACAUCCACCGCGACAAGAUCGACCAUAUCACCAUCCCCAGCAAGCAGGGCAAGGGCCAGCUGAAGCGAGUUGAGGACGUCUUUGACUGCUGGUUCGAGUCAGGCAGCAUGCCUUACGGCAGCCAGCACUAUCCGUUCGAGAACGUGGACAAAUUCGAGAAGGCGUUCCCCGGUGACUUCAUUGCCGAGGGUUUGGAUCAGACCAGAGGUUGGUUCUACACCCUCCUGGUGCUGGGCACCCACCUGUUCGGUGUUCCGUCCUUCAAGAACUGCGUCGUGAACGGCAUUGUACUCGCAGAAGACGGCAAGAAGAUGUCGAAGCGUCUCAAGAACUACCCGCCCCCCGACCUGGUCAUGGACAAGUACGGUUCUGACGCGCUUCGGUUGUACCUCAUCAACUCGCCUGUCGUCCGCGCCGAGCCCCUGCGCUUCAAGGAGACUGGUGUGAAGGAGGUCAUCCAGAAAGUCCUCUUGCCCCUGUGGAACAGUUACAAGUUCUUCGAGGGCCAGGUCGCCCUGCUCAAGAAGGUCGAGAAGGUGGACUACAUGUGGAAUCCCAAGGAGGAGGCCAACAACACCAACGUCAUGGACAAGUGGAUUCUUGCUAGUUGCCAAAGCCUGCUGCAGUUUGUGAACCAGGAGAUGGAGGGUUAUAGAUUGUACACGGUCGUGCCGCGACUCCUGGGACUUCUGGACAAUACCACCAACUGGUAUAUUCGGUUCAAUAGGAAACGUCUCAAGGGCGAGAACGGCGUUGACGACACGCUGCAUGCCCUCAACACCCUUUUCGAGGUUCUCUACACUCUGUGCCGAGGACUUGCUCCCUUUACCCCCUUCCUCACCGACCACAUCUACCUGAAGCUGCUGCCUUUCAUCCCCAAGGAACAGCGCGCUGAAGACCCCCGCAGCGUCCACUUCCUGCCCUUCCCUACCGUCCGCGAGGAGCUGUUCAACCCCGAUGUUGAACGCAGGGUCGAGCGUAUGCAGACUGUCAUUGAGCUGGGUCGCCUGUCACGCGAGAGGAGGACCAUUGGUUUGAAGACGCCGCUCAAGACCCUGGUCGUCAUUCACCGUGAGCAACAAUACUUGGACGACGUCAAGUCGCUCGAGUCAUACAUCUGCGAGGAGCUCAACAUUCGUGACCUUGUUCUGACUACGGAUGAGGCUAAAUACAAUGUUCAGUACACUGCCAAUGCCGACUGGCCCGUGUUGGGCAAGAAGCUGAAGAAGGACAUGGCCAAGGUCAAGAAGGGUCUGCCCCUGUUGACCAGCGACGAGGUGCGGGGCUACCUGCUGAACAGGGAGAUUGUCGUCGACGGUAUCCACCUCGGUGAGGGCGACCUGGUCGUCAAGCGCGUCAUCAAGGAGGAUGAAUCCUCCAGGAACCUCGAGACCAACACGGACAGCGACGUGCUGACCAUUCUGGAUGCCGAGAUCUACCCCGAGCUCGCUCAUGAGGGUGUGGCCAGAGAGAUCAUCAACCGUGUGCAGCGCCUGCGCAAGAAGGCCAACCUUCAGCCGACGGACGACAUCAUCAUGGAGUACAAGGUGCUUGCGGACCCGGAGAACAUUGGCCUGGCCGAGGUGUUUGAGACGCAGUCCAGGAUGCUGGAGAAGGCGCUGCGGAGGCCGAUGGACAAGCACGAGGUGACCCACGUGGAGGGUGAGAUCCCUGAGGGCAAGCAGGAGGGCAUCAUUGCCGAGGAGAUGCAGGAGGUGCAGAAGGCUACCUUCCUGCUCAGGCUACUGCAUCUGUAG